CUGCGGGAGAGAGCAGGGAAGACCGGAUGGCGUCUUUUAAACUGAAAUCCUGCUUUCGUUUUCUGGCGGGAUGGCGCUCCCCUCCCCCAUUCCGAAGGCAGUUCCACCCCCUGCGAAGACUGCCUCUGCCCCCCGCGGCUUUUUUCUGAACGCUGACUUUGGGGUCGGGGCUUGGGAAGCCCCGCUAGUCGCCGGGCUGCGGUGGGGCGGGUGCGUGGCGCGGAGAUGGAGACGGCUGCGUCCCGGUGGUUCUUGCGCGGCCCCUCCGGGCGUCUGGCCCCAAACGCCACGCUGGCCCUCAGGCCUUGCUGGGUGGCAUCUUGACCCUCCGGCGGCGCAUCCUGUGCACGCACGGAGAACCGCAACCUUCAGGCGAAGGUCCCGGCUCUACGUCUCCAGCCAGUAGUCUAAGCCACUUGUUAGGGUGCCUAUAACCCCUUUUGGUUUUGUUUUUCAGUACAACCUAGGGACACGAGUUAUUUGAAGCAGGUUAUUUCUUAGCAAAGAGAAAAGCAAGAACGGACACUAAGUUGGAUAUAUAGCGGGCACUAGUUCAAGUUUUCCUGUCGCAUUUUUUUUAUUUUCAUUUCUUUUAAAAAUCUGGAAAAUAUAUGCUUGUUUCAAAAUGAGGGUAGAAAAGAACAUGCUUUUAAAACUCUUUAGGGUAAAUCUGUAGGGUUUUUUUUUUAUUGUAAAUGCUUGUCUUAUGUUUAUACCAAAUAGGAAGAGAAUAUUUACAUUGCACGAAAGGCUUCAGAAAGGUUGAACUAUUUAAGUGGUGACUGCCUGUUAUCUGUAGUGUGUUUUGUAUGCAGACGUUCUUAUUGUUGAAAAAAAAUGACAGAUGGAAAGAUGCUGACAAGUGUUUUGCAUUUUUUUACCAUCUGUGAAAACCUCUCUGUAAUUCAUUUUUCCUCACUCCAGUAUUAAGAAUUAUACCAAAUUAAAACGAUAUGAAUGAGUAUCCUAAAAAAAGAAAAAGGAAGACUUUACACCCUUCUCGUUAUUCAGAUUCCUCUGGAAUAAGCAGAAUUGCAGAUGGAUUCAAUGGAAUUUUUUCUGAUCAUUGUUACAGUGUUUGUUCUAUGAGACAACCAGACUUAAAAUAUUUUGACAACAAAGAUGAUGAUUCUGAUACAGAGACAUCAAAUGACUUGCCAAAAUUUACAGAUGGAAUCAAGGCCAGAAACAGAAAUCAAAACUACCUGGUUCCCAGUCCUGUACUUAGAAUUCUAGACCACACUGCCUUUUCUACAGAAAAAUCUGCUGAUAUUGAAAUUUGUGAUGAAGAGUGUGACUCCCCUGAGUCAGUCAACCAGCAGACUCAAGAGGAAAGCGCUAUAGAAGUUCACACUGCUGAAGAUGUUCCAAUUGCUGCAGAAGUGCAUGCAAUUUCUGAAGAUUAUGAUAUAGAGGCAGAAAACAAUUCCUCUGAGAGUCUCCAAGACCAAACUGAUGAAGAGCCACCAGCUAAACUUUGCAAAAUUCUUGAUAAGAGCCAAGCUUUGAAUGUGACUGCCCAGCAGAAAUGGCCUUUACUGAGAGCUAAUAGCAGUGGCCUUUAUAAAUGUGAACUUUGUGAGUUCAACAGCAAAUACUUUUCUGAUUUGAAGCAGCAUAUGAUCUUGAAACAUAAACGAACUGAUUCAAAUGUGUGUCGAGUAUGCAAAGAAAGUUUCUCUACCAACAUGCUUCUGAUUGAACAUGCCAAACUGCAUGAAGAGGAUCCCUACAUUUGUAAAUACUGUGAUUAUAAGACAGUUAUUUUCGAGAACCUUAGCCAGCACAUUGCUGACACCCAUUUUAGUGAUCAUCUUUAUUGGUGUGAGCAAUGUGAUGUACAGUUCUCCUCAAGCAGUGAACUCUACUUGCAUUUCCAGGAGCACAGCUGUGAUGAACAGUACUUGUGUCAGUUCUGUGAACAUGAAACAAAUGAUCCAGAAGACUUGCACAGCCAUGUGGUAAAUGAGCAUGCAUGUAAGUUAAUAGAGUUAAGUGAUAAGUAUAACAAUGGAGAACACGGACAGUACAGCCUCUUAAGCAAAAUUACCUUUGACAAAUGUAAAAACUUCUUUGUAUGUCAAGUAUGUGGUUUUCGGAGUAGACUUCAUACAAACGUUAACAGGCAUGUUGCUAUUGAACAUACUAAAAUUUUUCCUCAUGUUUGCGAUGACUGUGGGAAAGGCUUUUCAAGUAUGCUAGAAUAUUGCAAGCAUUUAAAUUCACAUUUAUCAGAAGGCAUUUAUUUAUGUCAGUACUGUGAAUAUUCAACAGGACAGAUUGAAGAUCUUAAAAUUCAUCUAGAUUUCAAACAUUCAGCUGAUUUACCUCAUAAAUGUAGUGACUGCUUGAUGAGGUUUGGAAAUGAAAGGGAAUUAAUAAGUCACCUUCCAGUCCAUGAGACUUCUUGAUUGUUCUCUUUAACUUCCGUAAUGUUGAUGUAAUAUAAUAAAUUUGACUUUUUUGAAGAUGUUAAAAUGGAUGAUUUUAAACAAUUUAUGAGAAUUGUCUUUAACAAGUUUUUUAAUUCUCCAAUUUUUUUGGCAUUGCUAGCUUUUUCAAUAUGUAAUUUAUCCUAAAUGUGGUAUUUUUGAUGCAUUGUAGUUUGUAGUUUUUACCACUUUUGGUGACUGUCAUCUUGUUUCUUGCAUGUGCUCUGAUUUCAUAAAUUGAUAAGAAACAGAUGUACUGAAGAAACUAGACUACGGUUUUCCUUCUGUAAACAUAGGUGCUAUAAACUUUUUCUUCUUUAAACUCAAAA